GAAACGGUGACGCUCGCCUUUUUUUAGCGACAUGAAAAAUGCAUAGAGACGAGGCAGCGCAUGAAUAAUCCACAAGAGCGGCCCGGCCCGAAUAUACAACGCCGACCCCGCGCACCGCCGUCGGCGACGAGCGGGUUUACGGGCGUGUGGCGUCGACGCGUGUCCGUCUCUAGCCGCUCCGCCACCCCCGCGGAGGCGCAAUGGUUUGCUCCAGACAGACAUGUCACACGGCCGCGGCGCUCGGCAAGGGAGCACACGGGAGCGACGCAAAGCCUGCCAUUGCUGCCGCGCGCUGGAUCCGCGGGAGCGAGUGAUGUCGUAGCGCUUCGCCCAACUUUUUUCCCCCCACACACACACCCCCGCGCGCGCCCUCCGCGAGCAAACGCCAAGGGGACGACGUUCCGUUCCCGCCUUUAGAGCCGGAUACAUCGUACGACUUUUCCGCGUGCCUUGAGUGACGGACGGGCGGCUGGAGAUAAAAAGGGAGAAUGAACUUUGCACUUUCCCCGAAAGCGCGCUCUCCGUGUCAUGUUUUCCGUCGUACCGGGUAGAACGAAAUAACGCAGCCCGGCGUGGCGGCAGCUGGGCGGAACUCACGGGAAAGAGUGAUACUUUCUUUUAAAAACAAAAAACGACAACAAACUUUUAACCCUCUACUUUUGAAGCGGGACGAGAGUGUGAAAUGACUGCCAAAGCUUCAAAUAAGAGUGCCGCAAUGGAAGAAACUGUCAUAUGGGAACAGCACACGGUGACCCUUCACAGGGCCCCAGGGUUCGGCUUCGGCAUUGCCAUCUCGGGUGGGCGGGACAACCCUCACUUCCAGAGUGGAGAGACGUCCAUCGUGAUUUCUGAUGUGUUGAAAGGCGGUCCAGCAGAAGGCCUCCUACAAGAAAAUGAUCGUGUGGUGAUGGUAAAUGCCGUCUCCAUGGACAACGUGGAGCAUGCCUACGCUGUACAGCAACUUCGCAAGAGUGGCAAGAAUGCAAAGAUAACUAUUCGUAGAAAACGGAAGGUGCAGAUCCCCGUGUCUCGGCCGGGUGACAGGGAGACCAUGUCGGAGCACGAGGAGGAGGACAGCGACGACGACGACGAUGACGGCUAUGAGCAGCACAGCGGUCGCAGCGGCCCCAGCGCCUACGGGGGCGCGAGCGGCGGUACCAGCAGGCGUAACGACCGUGAGCGCAGCAACAGCAGCAGGCGGGACCACAGUGCCUCAAGGGAGAGGAGCAUCUCACCACGCUCUGACCGCCGCUCGCAAACCUCCUCUGCCCUGCCCAGGCCGGCCAAGGUCACCCUCGUCAAGUCCCGCAAGAACGAGGAAUAUGGGUUGCGGUUGGCCAGCCACAUUUUUGUGAAGGAUAUCUCUCCAGAGAGCCUGGCUGCCAGGGAUGGGAACAUUCAGGAGGGAGACGUUGUUCUCAAGAUCAACGGCACAGUUACAGAAAACCUGUCACUGAUUGAUGCUAAGAAACUGAUUGAAAGGUCAAAGGGGAAGUUGAAGAUGGUGGUGCAGAGAGAUGAACGAGCUACGCUGCUCAACAUUCCUGACUUAGAUGACAGCAUCCCGUCUGCCAACAACUCUGACCGAGAUGACAUCUCGGAAAUACAUUCACUGACAUCAGACCAUUCCAAUCGAUCCCAUGGGCGAGGCGGUCGAUCACGCUCGCCUGACAGGCCUGAGCCGUUGGACCAUCCUCGUCACUCGCCCCGCCAGAUCAGUAAUGGCAGCCACAGAAGUCGAGAUGAAGACCGACUGUCCAAGCCAGGGGGCAUGUCCACACCAGUCAAAGGCUCUGAUGACGGCAUCUUGUCACAGGCCAGUGACCAGGCCAGCUCCAGAGAUGACAAACAGUUGCCCCCGCUGCCUGAACCAAAGCCAGUUUAUGCACAGCCUGGUCAACCUGAUGUGGACCUCCCUGUCAGCCCCUCCGAUGCCCCUGUGCCCAGCGCCGCCCACGAUGACAGCAUUCUCAGGCCGAGUAUGAAGCUGGUGAAGUUUAAGAAGGGCGAGAGCGUCGGCCUGCGGCUGGCAGGAGGGAAUGACGUGGGGAUUUUUGUGGCGGGAGUUUUGGAGGACAGCCCUGCAGCUAAGGAGGGACUGGAGGAGGGAGACCAGAUUCUCAGGGUUAACAAUGUGGAUUUUGCUAACAUCAUUCGAGAGGAGGCUGUGCUGUUUCUGCUGGACCUUCCCAGAGGAGAGGAGGUCACCAUCCUAGCUCAGAAAAAGAAGGAUGUGUACCGAAGGAUAGUAGAAUCGGAUGUGGGGGACUCCUUUUACAUUCGAACCCACUUUGAAUAUGAGAAGGAGUCGCCAUAUGGGCUGAGCUUUAACAAGGGCGAGGUUUUCCGUGUCGUAGACACCCUGUACAACGGCAAGCUGGGCUCCUGGUUGGCCAUCCGAAUUGGAAAGAACCACCAGGAAGUGGAGAGGGGGAUCAUCCCUAACAAAAACAGAGCCGAGCAGCUGUCCAGUGUGCAGUACACCCUCCCUAAAACACCAGGAGGCGAUAGAGCAGACUUCUGGCGAUUCCGCGGUUUGAGAAGCUCAAAGAGAAACUUGAGGAAGAGCAGGGAGGACCUGUCAGCCCAGCCAGUUCAGACCAAGUUCCCUGCCUAUGAGAGAGUGGUACUGAGAGAAGCCGGUUUCCUGAGGCCUGUGGUCAUUUUUGGGCCUAUAGCAGAUGUGGCCAGAGAAAAACUGGCCAGGGAGGAGCCAGACAUUUUUGAACUAGCAAAAACACAGCAACAACAAGGAGAGGAAAAGAGUGAACCCAGGGAUGCCGGAACCGACCAGAAAAGCUCUGGCAUCAUACGCCUGCACACUAUUAAACAAAUCAUUGACCGCGAUAAACAUGCUGUGCUGGACAUCACGCCUAAUGCAGUGGACCGUCUGAACUAUGCCCAGUGGUAUCCCAUUGUGGUUUUCCUUAACCCAGACACCAAGCAGGGUGUCAAGAACAUGCGGACCCGCCUCUGCCCCGAGUCCAGGAAGAGUGCCAGGAAGCUCUAUGAGCGAGCCCUCAAACUGAGGAAGAACAACCACCAUCUCUUCACCACCGCCAUUAACAUGAACAGCAUGAAUGACGGCUGGUAUGGAGCGCUGAAGGAGACCAUCCAGCAGCAGCAGAACCAACUGGUGUGGGUGUCAGAGGGCAAGGCCGAUGGGGCUCCAGAUGACGACCUGGACAUCCACGACGACCGCCUGUCCUACCUGUCAGCGCCGGGCAGUGAGUACUCCAUGUACAGCACCGACAGCCGCCACACCUCCGACUACGAGGACACCGACACGGAGGGCGGGGCCUACACCGACCAGGAGCUGGACGAGACACUGAACGACGACGUGGGGCCCCCCUCGGAACCCGCCAUCACCCGCUCAUCUGAGCCUGUCCGUGAGGAUCCGCCCGUCAUCCAGGAGCCGCCGGGCUACACUGGCUACCAGCACACGGUGCAGCCAGACCCCCUGAACCGCAUCGACCCAGCAGGGUUCAAGGCACCGGCGCCGCAGCAGAAAGCAGAGGCCGCUGCCACCCCUAGCAUUCGCCAGCAGCCUGAGCCCCUGGCUGAGACAGCGCCUCCUGCUGUCGACAUCACUGUAAACACUGUAGGGGGUUUGAACCCUGGGGCGGCUCCUCCACCUCCCAACAGCCAGCCAAGCCCAAGCCCCAGCCCUGAGGCUGGCUCACUUAGGAGGCUGACCCCAGAGCUAGCCCCUAAGAGCAACACACCUGAACCUCUACAGUCCGGACUGCCCAGUUCAGAACCAAAGAUUUACCAGAAGGAUCCGUACAGCAUGGACAAUACAGGGAGAAGCGGUCAUGUCGUGAAGCCCAUGACCUAUGACCCGCAGCAGGCAUACCACCCCGACCAACAGCCAUACAGAGAUUAUGACCACCCGCCCAGUCGCUAUGACGUUAACAACAGCGGAGGUGGUUAUCUGGAACCAAAGUUUCGCAACUAUGACUCUCACCUGCCCUACGAGAACAGCGUGCCUCACUACGACCAGCAGCAGUGGAACCCCUACAGCCAGCCUCCCUCCGCUGUUGACCCUCGCCUGCCCUAUGGAGAUGGCCCUGAACGCCAGUACAGUCCCCCUCAGCGAUACGAUGAGCUGCCACCUCAGCAGGUGUUCGACGGACGGCCUCGCUAUGGAAAACCAGCCGGUUCGGGACCCAUACGUUACGAUGAGCCCCCACCUCCUGGUCCAGGGUACGACCUGCGAGGGCGCUAUGACCAAGAGCCUCCACCAGUUGCAUACCCUUCAGCUGCCCGUUCUCCGGACCCCGCCACUCAGUGGCCUAUCUAUAGCCAAGGACAACCACUGCAGCACAGAGGCUAUAAACCCCAACAGUAUGACCCCGCUCCUGUCAACUCUGAGCCCAGUCCCACACCACCUCCCAAAGCCGAGGCGCCCUCACCUUCUAACGGGGAUUUGGUGGCCGCUGUAGCUCCCAAUCCUGCUGCUGCCUCCACCAGGGACGAGCCACAAGAAGACGAUCCAGCCAUGCGGCCCCAGUCAGUCCUUACUCGUGUCAAGAUGUUUGAAAACAAACGCUCAGUGUCCGUCGACCGAGCCAGAGACGCCGCUGAUGCAGCGGGGAACAAGGCAGCUGAUUUGCCUGUGAAGCCAGGUGGUGGAGUCCCUAAAGCCAAUUCUCUGAGCAACCUGGAUCAGGAGAAGACCUUCAGGGCCCCUGAGCCACAGAAGCCUCAGUCCAAGGUGGCUGAUGACAUUGUGCGUUCCAACCAUUAUGACCCAGAUGAGGAUGAGGAGUACUACAGAAAACAGCUGUCGUAUUUUGACCGUCUCCAGGCUGGCCCAAACAAACCACAGCCUCAAGCACAGUCUGGAUACAGCUAUCCCAGGUCAGAGUCAAUUGAGAAAGUGAGUCCAGUGGAGAAGAGGUAUGAGGCAAUUCCCCAGGUGACCCCUGCUAUCCCACCAGCCACACUGCCCAAACCCACUUCGCCUGAAGCCAAGCCUCCAGCCCGAGAAGACACUGUCCAGUCCAACUUCCUGCCUCACAAGAGUUUCCCUGAAAAAUCUCCAGUUAAUGGCACCAGCGAGCAGCUCCCAAAACCAUCCAGUGGUACAGGAGCCCCACCAGCCUCCAGCUACAACCGCUAUGUCCCCAAGCCCUACACCACCUCAGCUAGGCCUUUUGAGCGCAAGUUUGACAGCCCUAAGUUCAACCACAACCUAUUGCCCAACGACAAGCCAGAGCUAGCCUCCAAGGGCCCAAGCACCAGCCCUGUGAAGCCCCAGAGCACAGACCAGGACAGUGGCCUGGACACCUUCACCCGCACAAUGGACCACCGCUCCAAAUACCAGCACAACAACAUCAAUGCUGUUCCUAAGGCCAUCCCUGUCAGCCCCAGUGCCCUGGAGGAUGAUGAUGAUGAUGAAGGUCACACGGUGGUUGCAACUGCACGAGGAAUCUUCAACUCCAACGGUGGUGUGCUGAGCUCCAUAGAGACCGGCGUCAGCAUCAUUAUUCCCCAGGGCGCCAUCCCUGAUGGAAUAGAGCAGGAAAUCUACUUCAAAGUCUGCCGGGACAACAGCAUCCUGCCACCACUCGACAAAGAGAAAGGAGAGACACUGCUCAGCCCUCUGGUGAUGUGUGGACCUCAUGGCCUAAAGUUCCUGAAGCCCGUGGAGCUGCGCUUACCUCACUGUGCGUCUAUGACCCCUGAUGGUUGGUCUUUUGCUCUAAAAUCCUCCGACUCCGCGUCGGGCGACCCGAAGAGCUGGCAGAACAAGUCUCUGCCCGGGGACCCCAACUAUCUGGUGGGCGCCAACUGUGUGUCCGUGCUCAUCGACCACUUCUAAGGACGGACCAGCCGGCGGGACGUCGCUGGACGCCUCAGUACGGGAAAUGAGAUAAAAAGGAUGGAUGGACCCCUCCACACACACACACACACACACACACACAUACACAUACACACACAUGUUCUCCACGCUAGUGUGGAGAAGACCCGCCGGUGCUUGUUUACUGUACCCACGGAAGAAGACCGGAGACGGAUGCUUAUUGUUACAAACUGUCUUUUAAACUCUUCCCCGUUUGAGGUUUCGCUAUAAAACCGAACUUAACUCUAAAAGCUGAUGAGAUGCCCUGCAUGCCCCGCGCCCGAGGAUUGACACGAUAUAUACGACACCUUCAGGUGGGUUGGAGGCUGUACCGGUUGAGCACAAACCUGGAAUUCACAUGCUAGUACAGAUAUCAUUUAUCAGUCACUGAAGUUUUUACUCAAGUUAGUUCAGCUGACUCACCACGAUUAUAUGUUGUCACCACUUUUUAUUUUAUUUUUAUUUUCUCGUCACUGUUGGUCGAGGGGAAAUGUUCGUGAAGGUCUGAAACGGAUCGGAGGUAGAUUGUGUCGCCGACGGGGUGGCGACCAAACGAAGCUUUGCAAGUGUCUGUUGUGAAUGUGUUGUGAAGGUGUCGGCAUAACACGGGAUACGAAGCCCCGGUACCAUGCUUCCAGAAGGCUCUGCCAGAGUGGUCCCCCUCCCCACACACCCACCAACCCAACCACCACCACCACCACCCAUUGGUUUGUUUCUUCACCAAGUACCACAACUCUCCCUCCAGCCAGAAGGAUCUAUGCAUGUGCUUUACUCAGGUCCAGGUUCUCCUCACACACACACACACACACGCACUUCUGCCAUUUUGUUUUCCUCUUCUCUCACUGUUCUGUUCUAACAUUCUCACUUGCACUCAGCGCACGCACACACACACACACACACACACACAAAAGCAGUGAUGCCUUAUCUGCAGAUUAUUCACUUUUUUCAAUAAAAAAACUAAGUUAUGAUAAAUUAUGGUAAAAUGAAGUUUGUUUUCUUUUGCCAUUUUGUGAACCCACUGUGUAAAUGAACUUGGGUGUAGCGCAGCAGAACAGCUGAUGGAGAAUAACAGAAGAGACGCUCUCUUUAUCUGCUAUGCAUAUUCACAAGGAGGAACAUAAAUAAAUAAACGGAAAAAUGAAGUGGCUGUACAUAAAGCUAGCGAAUUGCCUUGGUUCUCUGUUUGUAAAUGAACUUUUUGUAUGUCUUUGUUCUUUUGUAUAAAAAAAAUUAGAGAAAACCUGUUUUAAAAAGUGACAGUGAACACGGUUAUCUUUGUAUUCCGGUCGAACCCUCGAGCCUUGGAACUUGUAAGCCGACAGUAAAAACUUCCACCUUUUCUACCAGUGUAUUCACAGUAUAUAAACUUACAAAACAAGGUCUUUUUAUGAUUAUUUACAGAACAGGAAAGCGCCUGGGGUAAACACAUUUAAAACGAGGGUCUUCUCUAAAACUCCCCUGCAUUGAUUUGUUAUACUGGAUGCUGUAUUGUGCCCUUAAAUGUAUUUUUGUACUAAUAGACGAUAUAUUAUGUAUGGCACACCAGUACUAUUUUAUUUUAGAUAUAACACUGCUUCCAACGGAUAUUAGCUCUUCACGUGUGGCCGACUUCUGUUUUUUUUUUUUUUUUUUUCUCCUGCGACACAAUUUUAAGUAUACCACUGUAUUAAUGAAUAAAAUCAUUUU